GUGUUUUAGUAUGUUUGUUUACAUUUCCAUGGUAGAGAACGGAAAUGUAAAGCGAAUAUAUAUGUAAUCAUGGCAUCUAUUAAUUAUAAUGGAAGCAAUUUUUUUCGUCAGCGUCUUAUUCUUUCAACUUUAUGUGGUCGACCCAUAGUUAUUAGAAAUAUACGCGAUACGAGUGACGAACCUGGUAUUAACGACUAUGAAGAUAGUUUUUUGAAGCUACUAGAUCUUAUAACAGAUGGAUCAGUUAUUGUGGUUAAUGAAACUGGUACAACAGUGAAAUACACCCCUGGGAUUUUGUUAGGUGGAAAACUGCAACACAACUGUUGCAUUCAAAGAUCAAUUAGCUAUUAUUUAGAGCCAUUACUAUGUCUUGCUCCAUUUUGUAAAAAGCCACUCCACAUCACCUUGAAAGGUGUAACCAAUGACAACAUGGAUCCAACAGUGGAUGCUAUCAAAUUAUCAUCCUUGCCUGUUUUAAAGACGUUCAUCAUUAAAGAUGAUGAUUUGGAAAUUAAAAUAAUUAGUCGAGGAAUGGCACCUGAAGGAGGUGGUGAGGUUUUAUUUCGUUGUCCUGUUGUGAAUUACAUUCGUCCAGUUAAAUAUCUGGACACUGGCAAAGUUAAAAGGACGGGUGUAGCAUAUUCUGUACGUGUAUCACCUGCUAUGGCCAGUAGAAUGGUUGAUACUGCAAAAGGCAUUUUGCUGAAAUUUCUUCCUGAUGUUUAUAUUUAUACAGACCACUAUAAGGGUAAAAAUUCAGGAAAAUCACCAGGUUUUGGUUUAACUUUAGUAGCAGAAACUAUAGCUGGUGCUUUCUAUUGUGGUGAAGCAGUUUCAAAGCCUUCAGGAUCUGGAGAGGCUUUCAUUGUUCCUGAAGACAUAGCUAAACAGGCUUGUCAUAAUCUUCUAGAGGAAAUUUAUCGGGGAGGAUUUGUUGAUUCAAAUAAUCAGAGUUUAGCAUGUUUGUUUAUGGCACUGGGAACAACUGAUGUAUCCAAGCUGAAAACAGGGCCUUUAUCACCAUAUACGAUACAAUUUUUACGGCAUAUUGAAGAUUUCUGUCAGCUACGAAUGAAAUUGGAAACAGACGAGAAUGAAAAACUGCAGUUAGGAACUCACAAAGUCAUCUUGACAUGUGUGGGAAUUGGCUAUACAAAUAUUAGCAGACCUGUAAAAUAAUAUUUAUGUGUAUAUUUGUUUUGAUAAUAAAAAAUAUUAUUUUAA